AUGGUUGAUAUUGAGAAGGGUGCUAACUUUAAAGGUGCGGGCCGGAAGGAUAAAAUGAAUUGACCAGAUGUAGUAGAAAGUAAUCUCCUCUGAAUAGCCCACACAUUUGUUGUGAGUUUUUUUUUUUCAGACCAUUAUGUGUAACGACAUUGUAAAGGGGAUUUUCAGGGAGACACCUCCCGCACAGAAGCAGAGAAAAUGUCUAGUUUGAGUUUAUUUAUUCUUGCUCACAGAUAAAACUGAAGAAAUGCAGAAUUUACAUUACUAAUAAUUGCAAAACACUCAUUUAAAAUCCAUAACACAUAAUAUGUGACAUAAAUAGAGUACAGAACACUUCAAACAUUACAGGACAUUUUUCAUGAUGUAAAUUGAAAUGUUAAAAUGUGAUUGCAAGAAAUAGAAUUUUUGGGAAAACCAUUUAAGAGCUCGAGUUAUUAUACAGUCUGACAGCAGUGGGUAGAGUGGCGUUUCGCAGGUGGUUCGUACGGGCAGUUAUGCAGGACAGUUACCUCUUUUUGGAGGGAGCAGGUCAUUCAAUGGAUGUUCAAGAGUGUGCAUGUCCUUCACCAGGUGCACUGCAGCCUGCUCUUCCCUGCUCUGCAGUGACGGGAGCUGUGGUUGGACUGCGCCACCUCUGGAGAUGAUCCUCAAGGCCCUCCUCUGCACCCUGUCUAGUUGGGCCUGCUGCUUUUUAUUGGAUCCAACUAACAGCACUCCACCGUAUUCCAGACAAGGCCUGACCAGUGUAGUGUUUACUGUGACCAGAUCUUCAGUGGGUAGGCCAUUUCUAGCAAGAACAGUCAAAAAGAGGCCUUCCUCACUGACUGCUCCACAUGUGUGUCACCACUGAGGUUAGAGUCUAGAUGAAAACCAAGCUACUUGGCUGUUGUUACCACUGGUACUUCCUGUCCUCCUAGGAUUAGUGGUGCAGGUUGUGGAUGGUCUCUAGAAAAACUAUUUUUCUUCCCAUUCAGGAGCAUGUUCUUGGAUGUGGCCCACUCUUCCAGCUGCUUUGCCUCCAAGCCCAUGGAAGUGUCCUCUUGGAUGCUGGUUAAUGGUAUGGCUCGGGACAGCCCUACAGCGUCUGCAUACCCAGUGUCCAGAGUGUUACUGAAGACAACUUUUUGGGUGGACGUGAAGUAGAAACAGAUAUGGUGAAACCACACCCCCUUGUGGCACACCAGAGGUGACCUCUGACCAAGGGCUAAAUGUGCCAUUUGCCAUCACUCUCUGCCUUCUUCCGGUGGUGUAGCUGUGGAGCCAGGCUAGUAACCUUGGACACAGUUCAAUGUCAGACAGAUGUUGCAGGAGCUUUGCGUGAUCUACUCGAUCAAGCGGCUAGCAGGCCUCUUGGAGACAGGCCCUUUAUAUUCUAAUCCGAAAGUACGAAAUGUUCUGUAAACACCAGCCUGAGAGGCUGGGAGGAAGACACAACAGAAUCACACAGUAUCAAAGAUCCAUUAUCACUGUGACCUCGGCUCAGUCUGGCCUCAAACUUUAACCAUAACAUUCAACACUGACAGACAUUUGAUACUUGCAGUUAAACAGGUCAAAGGUAGGAACAUAAGUACUUAGUUAUAGUAAAUCAAAUGCAGGAAAGGAAUUAAUCAAAUAAUUCCCCAUUACAGUCAUAGUUAGAAAGUCCCAAUGUUCUUCAUGGGGAUGCAGGUAGGCCUUUAUAUUACAGAUGAACAUUUGAGACAAAUAUGUGGUUCAUUUAGACCAUGAAGACGACUGUUUUUAAUGAAAACUACCACAGGGGGUCUUUUGAGCCAUACUGUAUGAUCACAGUGCCAGACGGAAAAAGAAAUAGCCAGACGAUAGUGUCAGUUCCUCUGAGUGAAUGUUAAUGUCUGUAUCUCUGUCUUUUCUUAUUGGAAAAUAAUAAACAGAUUAUGAAAAGAAAGGGGGGGAAAAGAUGACUCUUCAUUCAUCUCUGGUGUUGCGUUUAAAGCCUGAUCUUUUAUAGCCUGUGGUUUGCCACCACUAGCAGAGUGAGGUAGGGGUGUGUGAGACUUUCUUAAUUUCCUGUCUCCUCACAUCAUGUCCAAGUCCACCUUCUCUGUUCACUGCAGCCUCAAAGUGAGCAGUGACCGAAAUUGCACCCUGAAACUUUCAGCUCCCACACUUCCUGUUUGUGUGGACCUGUUCCUCUGUCUGGUCCUCUCUCAGGCUUUAUGGUGGCUACAAGCUUCACUUUGUCGAUCGACGUGCAUGGGGCAGCGCACACUUUUGUCCACAUUGUCGUUGUGUUCCACCCAGAGAGGAAGUCCGCCUUGUGUAGUGUAAAUCCACUUAGGGGGCUUGGGGAGCCAGAUUAGCUUACCGAGCAAGAGGAGCCGAGGCACUCUUUGGCUGUAGCAAGGGAUGUCACUUGAACUUCCGGAUCCGGUGUUACAGUGGCUUGCGAAAGUAUUCACCCCCCUUGGCAUUUUUCCUAUAUUGUUGCCUUACAACCUGGAAUUAAAAUUGAUUUUUGGGGGGUUUGUAUCAUUUGAUUUACACAACAUGCCUACCACUUUGAAGAUGUAAAAUAUGAAACAAACAAGAAAUAAGACAGAAAAACUGAAAACUUGAACGUGCAUACAGUGAGGGAAAAAAGUAUUUGAUCCCCUGCUGAUUUUGUACGUUUGCCCACUGACAAAGAAAUUAUCAGUCUAUAUUUUUAAUAGUAGGUUUAUUUGAACAGUGAGAGACAGAAUAACAACAAAAAAAUCAAGAAAAACGCAUGUCAAAAAUGUUAUAAAUUGAUUUGCAUUUUAAUGAGGGAAAUAAAUAUUUGACCCCCUCUCAAUCAAAAAGAUUUCUGGCUCCCAGGUGUCUUUUAUACAGGUAACGAGCUGAGAUUAGGAGCACACUCUUAAAGGGAGUGCUCCUAAUCUCAGCUUGUUACCUGUAUAAAAGACACCUGUCCACAGAAGCAAUCAAUCAAUCAGAUUCCAAACUCCAUCAUGGCCAAGACCAAAGAGCUCUCCAAGGAUGUCAGGGACAAGAUUGUAGACCUACACAAGGCUGGAAUGGGCUACAAGACCAUUGCCAAGCAGCUUGGUGAGAAGGUGACAACAGAAGGUGCGAUUAUUCCCAAAUGGAAGAAACACAAAAUAACUGUCAAUCUCCCUCGUCCUGGGACUCCAUGCAAGAUCUCACCUUGUGGAGUUGCAAUGAUCAUGAAAACGGUGAGGAAUCAGCCCAGAACUACACGGGAGGAUCUUGUCAAUGAUCUUAAGGCAGCUGGGACCAUAGUCACCAAGAAAACAAUUGGUAACACACUACGCCGUGAAGGACUGAAAUCCUGCAGCGCCCGCAAGGUCCCCCUGCUCAAGAAAGCACAUAUACAGGCCUGUCUGAAGUUUUCCAAUGAACAUCUGAAUGAUUCAGAGGAGAACUGGGUGAAAGUGUUGUGGUCAGAUGAGACCAAAAUCGAGCUCUUUGGCAUCAACUCAACUCGCCGUGUUUGGAGGAGGAGGAAUGCUGCCUAUGACCCCAAGAACACCAUCCCCACCAUCAAACAUGGAGGUGGAAACAUUAUGCUUUUGGGGUGUUUUUCUGCUAAGGGGACAGGACAACUUCACCGCAUCAAAGGGACGAUGGACGGGGCCAUGUACCGUCAAAUCUUGGGUGAGAACCUCCUUCCCUCAGCCAGGGUAUUGAAAAUGGGUCGUGGAUGGUUAUUCCAGCAUGGUAAUGACCCAAAACACACGGCCAAGGCAACAAAGAGUGGCUCAAGAAGAAGCACAUUAAGGUCCUGGAGUGGCCUAGCCAGUCUCCAGACCUUAAUCCCAUAGAAAAUCUGUGGAGGGAGCUGAAGGUUCGAGUUGCCAAACGUCAGCCUCGAAACCUUAAUGACUUGGAGAAGAUCUGCAAAGAGGAGUGGGACAAAAUCCCUCCUGAGAUGUGUGCAAACCUGGUGGCCAACUACAAGAAACGUCUGACCUCUGUGAUUGCCAACAAGAGUUUUGCCACCAAGUACUAAGUCAUGUUUUGCAGAGGGGUCAAAUACUUAUUUCCCUCAUUAAAAUGCAAAUCAAUUUAUAACAUUUUUGACAUGGAUUGGAUUUUUGUUUUGUUAUUCUGUCUCUCACUGUUCAAAUAUACAUACCAUUAAAAUUAUAGACUGAUCAUGUCUUUCUCAGUGGGCAAACGUACAAAAUCAGCAGGGGAUCAAAUACUUUUUUCCCUCACUGUAACUAUUCACCCCCCCAAAGUCAAUACUUUGUAGAGCCACCUUUUGCAGCAAUUACAGCUUCAAGUCUCUUGGGGAAUAUCUCUAUAAGCUUGGCACAUCUAGCCACUGGGAUUUUUGCCCAUUCUUCAAGGCAGAACUGCUGCAGCUCCUUCAAGUUGGAUGGGUUCCGCUGGUGUAAAGCAAUCUUUAAGUCAUACCACAGAUUCUCAAUUGGAUUGACGUCUGGGCUUUGACUAGGCCAUUCCAAGACAUUUAAAUGUUUCCCCUUAAACCACUCGAGUGUUGCUUUAGCAGCAUGCUUAGAGUCAUUGUCCUGCUGGAAGGUGAACCUCCGUCCCAGUCUCAAAUCUCUGGAAGACUGAAACAGGAUUCCCUCAAGAAUUUCCCAUCCAUCAUUCCUUCAAUUCUGACCAGUUUCCUAGUCCCUGCCGAUGAAAAACAUCCCCACAGCAUGAUGCUGCCACCACCAUGCUUCACUGUGGGGAUGGUGUUCUUGGGGUGAUGAGAGGUGUUGGGUUUGCGCCAGACAUAAAGUUUUCCUUGAUGUCCAAAAAGCUCAAUUUUAGUCUCAUCUGACCAGAGUACCUUCCAUAUGUUUGGGGAAUCUCCCACAUGCCUUUUGGCGAACACCAAACGUGUUUGCUUAUUUUUUUCUUUAAGCAAUAGCUUUUUUCUUACCACUCUUCCAUAAAGCACAGCUCUGUGGAGUGUACGGCUUAAAGUUGUCCUAUGGACAGAUAAUCCAAUCUCCGCUGUGGAGCUUUGCAGCUCCUUCAGGGUUAUCUUUGGUCUCUUUGUUGCCUCUCUGAUUAAUGCCCUCCUUGCCUGGUCUGUGAGUUUUGGUUGGCGGCCCUCUCUUGGCAGGUUUGUUUUGGUGCCAUAUUCUUUCCAUUUUUUUAAUAAUGGAUUUAAUGGUGCUCCGUGGGAUGUUCAAAGUUUCUGAUAUUUUUUUAUAACCCAACCCUGAUCUGUACUACUCCACAACUUUUUCCCUGACCUGUUUGGAGAGCUCCUUGGUCUUCAUGGUGCCGCUUGCUUGGUGGUGUCCCUUGCUUAGUGGUGUUGCAGACUCUGGGGCCUUUCAAAACAGGUGUAUAUAUACUGAGAUCAUGUGACAGAUCAUGUGACACUUAGAUUGCACACAGGUGGACUUUAUUUAACUAAUUAUGUGACUUCUGAAGGUAAUUGGUUCCACCAGAUCUUAUUUAGGGGCUUCAUAGCAAAGGGGGUGAAUACAUAUGCAUGCACCACUUUUCCGUUAAUUAUUCUUUAUAAUUUUUUGAAACAAGUUAAUUUCACUCCACCAAUUUGGACUAUUUACAUGUCCAUUACAUGAAAUCCAAAUAAAAAUCUAUUUAAAUUACAGGUUGAAAUGCAACAAAAUUGAAAAAACGCCAAAGGGGAUGAAUACUUUUGCAAGGCAUGCCUUUUUGUUUAUAAAUACUAGCUAGCUAUAUGUGUACACUAGCUAGCUACAUAACUAGCUGUGUGUGAAUACUGAUUAUAGAUUACUGGCUCCUUCCUCCUCCUCCAUCUUUGUUUCCGCCCACAGAGAGUCCUUAACGUUUGUUAAUUAGUAGGUUGAGUAGGUUUUGGCAAAUUUAACUGCCACUGAGAUAACCACCUAGAAAACUGCUCCCUCAUCUUCGGUCAAGAUGGUUGGUAGUAAUGCUGAUAAUAACCUUGGUUUCCUCUCUCUCCAGGUACGACACGCCCCCCUCGAGACAGGGAGGUUCCCGGGGUUGAUUACAACUUCCUGUCCGUGGAGGACUUCCUGAACCUUGAGCAGAGUGGAACACUACUGGAAAUAGGAACUUAUGAAGGUGAGGAUGAUGAUGGUGGUGGUGAUGAUGACGAUGGUCAUAAUGAUGAUGAUGAUGAUGAUGCUGGUGGUGUUGGUUUUAGUGAUGCUGGUGAUGAUGAUGAUGAUGAUUAUGAUGCUAUGGUAGACUGUAGGAGUGGAGAAGAUAAUUUUUCUAUUUUUUAUAAGAUCAGUUCACAAGAUUAUUUUAUUUGUUUAUUUGUAUUAUUGUUAUUUUUUAUUUUUUUACAAUACAAAACAUACACAUACAAACAGAUCACAAGAUUAUCCUUACCUAGAUUACCACAGUGAUAAGUAUUCUGUCCUGACAGAAACUACAAUCCACCUGUGUGUGUGUGUGUGUGUGUGUGUUUGGGUGUGUGUGUGUGUGUGUGUGUGUGUGUGUGUGUGUUUGUGCACGUGUAGUGUUAAUCUGCUUGGCACCUGUACUAUUGUGUGUUUGGCUCCUUUCUCCCUGCCCCGCAGACAAUGUCAAAUACCUGUCCACAGGAGCCUAAUGCCUUCCAAAUACAAAUAUGAGGCAGACCUACAUACACUAGGUCUCAAUGACAUGACAUGCAGUGGCAUUGAGAUAUGUCCAAAAUUGUAACUUUCCAAGAAUUGUGGAUAGACUUUUAAAAAAUGUUUUCAGGAUAAUUUUUUAAGAUCAGGAUUUUCAGUUCAUCAGUUGUAGAUAAUGACUUAGAAUUAGAAUGUAGUUUUGAGCAUGUGUCGCUAUCUCCUGCAUUGCAUUGUGGAUGGUAUUUACUUAUCAGUGGGAUUUACAGGAAAUAAACAUAAGCAACAGAAGUCAUUUCAAUAUAUAGAUAAACAAAAGUGAAAUUAACAAUAAAAAGUGAACAGUAAACAAUACACUCACAAAAGUUCCAAAGGAAUAGAGACAUUUCAAAUGUCAUAUUAUGGCCAUAUACAGUGUUGUAACGAUGUGCAAAUAGUUAAAGUACAAAAGGAAAAAUACAUAAACAUAAAUAUGGGUUGAAUUUACAAUGGUGUUUGCCCUUUUCUUGUGGCAAUAGGUCACAAAUCUUGCUGCUGUGAUUGCACACUGUGGUAUUUCACCCAAUAGAUAUGGGAGUUUAUCAAGAUUGGAUUUGUUUUCGAAUUCUUUGUGGGGCUGUGUAAUCUGAGGGAAGUACAGUGCCUUGCAAAAGUAUACAUCCCCCUUGGCGUUUUUCCUAUUUUGUUGCUUUACAACCUGUAAUUUAAAUAGAUUUUUUUUUGGAUUUCAUGUAAUGGAUACACACAAAAUAUUAGAAAUUAGUGAAGUGAAAAAACAUAACUUGUUUCAAAAAUUUCAAAAAAAUAAAUAACGGAAAAGUGGUGCGUGCAUAUGUAUUCACCCCCUUUGCUAUGAAGCACCUAAAUAAAAAAUAUCAGAAACUAUGAACAUCCCACGGAGCACCAUUAAAUCCAUUAUUAACAAAUGGAAAGAAUGGCACCACAACUAUAAUGAAUACUCAGGGAGAAAAAGGUGUGGAUUCACGCGCAGAGUGCGGCAGGUGUUUAUUUCGCCUUCGCAGAAGGUAGGAAUCGUGGUCACAGGCGGAGAAUGGUCAUACACAGGUAGACAAACAGGCAGGAGAAUCAAAAACUAGGACUGAAGGCUAUAACUGUUUCUCACAAACGAGCUAGGAAAAGGCUAAGUAAAGUCAAAACGAACAAUACCUCACAAGGCACAAACAGAAUGAACUGAACUAAAUAAGGAGCUAAUGAGACCAGGUGAGUAACAAACACAGGUGAAAUCAAUGAACAAACAUGAAAGACAGGGCUACGUUCAAGAACACAAAGAAACAGGGCUACGUUCAAGAACACAAGGUUGACUAAGAAAAUAAAUAUAGAACCUUACAACAACAAACCUGCCAAGAGAGGGCCGCCCACCAAAACUCACAGACCAGGCAAGGAGGGCAUUAAUCAGAGAGGCAACAAAGAGACCAAAGAUAACCCUGAAGGAGCUGCAAAGCUCCACAGCGGAGAUUGGAGUAUCUGUCCAUAGGACCACUUUAAGCUGUGCACUCCACAUAGCUGGGCUUUACGGAAGAGUGGCCAGAAAAAAUCCAUUGCUUAAAGAAAAAAAUAAGCAAACACGUUUGGUGUUCGCCAAAGGGCAUGUGGGAGACUCCCCAAACAUAUGGAAUAAGGUACUCUGGUCAGAUGAGACUAAAAUUGAGCUUUUUGGACAUCAAGGAAAACGCUAUCUCUAGCGCAAAGGCAAAUUCUUGAGGGAAACCUGUUUCAGUCUUCCAGAAAUUUGAGACUGGGACGGCGGUUCACCUUCCAGCAGGACAAUGACCCUAAGCCUACUGCUAAAGCAACACUUGAGUGGUUUAAGGGGAAACAUUUAAAUGUCUUGGAAUGGCCUAGUAAAAGCCCAGACCUCAGUCCAAUUGAGAAUCUGUGGUAUGACUUAAAGAUUGCUGUACACCAGCUGAACCCAUCCAACUUGAAGGAGCUGGAGCAGUUUUGUCUUGAAGAAUGGGCAGAAAUCCCAGUGGCUAGAUGUGCCAAGCUUAUAGAGACAUACCCCAAGAGACUUGCAGCUGUAAUUGCUGCAAAAGGUGGCUCUACAAAGUAUUGACUUCUGGGGGGGGGGGGGGGGGGGGGGGGGUGAAUAGCUAUGCACGUUUUUUGUUUUUCUGUCUUAUUUCUUGUUUGUUUCACAAUAAAAACAUGUUUGCAUCUUCAAAGUGUUAGGCAUGUUGUGUAAAUCAAAUGAUACAAACCCCCCAAAAAUCCAUUUGAAUUCCAGGUUGUAAGGCAACAAAAUGGGGAAAAUGCCAAGGGGGGUGAAUACUUUCACAAGCCACUGUAUGUGUUGUCAUAGAAAUAUAUAUGACUCGAAAGUAGUCAACUCAAACAUAUCUCACAAGAAACUGGAGCCUGUGAAUCCAAGAAUUAGACUUUUAUUAUCUAAUAACAAAAGCCGAGCAGUUCCAUGAAACGGCUGUCUCUCUUUGGCUUAGAGCUCCCUUUUAUACACAUACACAAAUGCACAAACAUGCGUACAUGGCAUAUACAGUUACCCCCUUAUGGCAAAUUCCUAACUUAUUUUAGUUCUACACUACCCUUCUUUUUCAAUGUCCAGCUGUCACACAAUGUCCACUCCAAAAGGUCAUGAAUGCUUUUUUCUAUAUGAAGCCUCUCAUUCUAUCAUUCUAUUGGCUGCGUGGCCUAGGCCCCUUCUUAAAAAAUAACUAAGGUAAUGCAUACAAUGUGUCCAUAAUAAGCCCAUGGGCCACAGUUUGAAAGCCCCUUUGACAGAGCACAUACAUUCAUUUAAACAUAGUCAUGUUUAUUACUAAUAUUAUUAUUUUACCUUUGACCUCUCCCUACAUUUGCCUUAAUGAUACAUAAAAUAAUACCAUUGUGUCUCUAAUAUGGUCAUACAUUUGGCAGGGGAGUGUGCCAAAUGUUUUGUGGGCAGUGUGCACAUAGCCUGUCUGCCUAUGGCAGCCUUUCUCAAUAGCAAGGCUAUGCUCACUGAGUCUGUACAUAGUCAAAGCAUUCCUCAAUUUUUGGUCAGUCACACUGGUCAGGUAUUCUGCAUGCAGAGUCUCAAUUUGGUGUUUGUCCCAUUUUGUGAAUUCUUGGUUGGUGAGCGGACCCCAGACCUCACAACCAUAAAGGGCAAUGGGUUCUAUAACUGAUUCAAGUAUUUGACAUACCUAAUUGGUAUGUCAAAUUUUAUGUUCCUUUUGAUGGCAUAGAUGGCCCUUCUUGCCUUGUCUCUCAGAUCGUUCACAGCUUUGUGGAAGUUAACUGUGUUUAGAUUGAAUUUGUAUUUGUGGCCCUGGCAACUGCACCUUUUUUGGAACACCAUUAUUUUGUCUUACUAAGAUUUACUGUCAGGGCCCAGGUCUGACAGAAUCUGUACAGAAGAUCUAGGUGCUGCUGUAGAAGCACCAGAUCAUCAGCAAACAGUAGACAUUUGACUUCAGAUUCUAGUAGGGUGAGGCUGGUGCUAGAGAAAAAGACUCCAGGAACGAAGAACGGAGCUAAGAGAGGGGGCGAACAAAGAACACAUCCCCCAAAAACCCCCCCCCCCUCCCUUUAUCCCCCGAAAAGACCCCGUCCCUCAAGCCCUCGCCGGGUCUCUUCACUUCUCCAUACCAUCCAGACAGUUCCGCUCGCAAGCCGCUAAAAAUACGUCUCUCUCUCUCCUACUCUCCUUCUCCCUCUCUCCCUCUCCCUCCCCGUCCCCCCUACCCCUUCCUAUCUCCCUCCCCCUCCCCCUCUCCCUCCCCGUUCCUCUCUCCUUCUCAGCUAAUGUCCCUCUUGUUGCCUAGGUAACUAUUAUGGGACCCCUAAGCCGCUGAGGCAGCCCGUGGUUGGGACAGUGAUUCUCAGUGAUGCUGUGCUCCUCGACGGUCCCCCAGGCUCCCAGCAGUCCACUCCCAAGCGCACCAAGUCCUACAAUGACAUGCAAAACGCCCGAGUAGUGCCUGCUGACUACGAGGAUGACGACCAGGCCACAGAAAUGAACAACAGUUUUACAGGUAUGUCAUUGUACGUGCGGUCAGACAGUUAGACACAGACUACCACUACCAAACCAGGCUGGUGUUCACUGUGGGAUGUGUGUAUUUGGGGUGUGGGUGAGUUGUGUGUGUGUGUGUGCGCAUGUAUGUUUGUGUGUAUGUGUGCUAGCAUGUCUACGCACAUGCGUGAAAGAGAGUGUGUGUCUGUGUUUGUGCUCUCCUCUGCCCUGUGUUGCUGGGUGUUGGGCGCGCGACAUCAUGUCUUUGUGAUGCUGACUUCUCUUUGUGAGACUCAUAACACUGCCAUCUGCCUGUGAGGAGGGAAGAAACACAGUACAGGCAAGGAUCAUAGGGCCUCGAUCUCCUCUCUCUCUCUCUCUCUCUCUCUUUCUCUCUAUCUAUCUCAGCUUUGUCUCCUCCGUUAUAGAUAGAAGUGCUGGAUGAGCUAGAGCGACUCUUCGAGAUCUUUCUCGGUCUCUCGAUUUUCUCCUCUCUCUCUCAUUCUCUCUCUCUCUCUCUCUUCUCUCUCCUCUCUCUCUUCUCUUUCUCUCUUUCUCGCUCCCUUUCUCUCUCUUGCUCUCUCUCUCACUCCCUCCAUCUUUCUCUCUCUCUCGCUCUCUUUCUCUCUCUCUCACACUCUCUCUCUUUCUUGUUUUCUCUAACAUUUUGUGAAUAGUUUUUAGGCAUAAUUUCUGACUGAGUUUGAAAUAUCGCUUAUCAGAACCUGUGUUAAUGUGUUAGCCCAGACAGGAAGCAAGCUGAUGGGGACGGAUGAGUGUGUUUUUCUCUCUGUCUCUCUCUCUUUGAAGUCUGUUCCAUCCUGGAGAGUGUGUGAGACAGUCAGUCAGUUCCUAGAUGGAGUUUAUUUUCUCAUGGGCGGGCAGGCAGUGUGAAACUAUGCUCACUCUGUGUGUCCUGCCAGUCUGGCAGAGUGGUGGAUUAGCGUUUGAUCACCCCUGAAAGGCUCACGGAAGUGAGAGAGGGAGGAGGGAGGCAGGGAGGGCAAGAUAAAGGGAGGGAACUGGGGGGUUGGGUUUUAAGAGAAAUGGAGACUGACUGCAUUUUCAUUAUAGUCAUUGGGCCCAUUCCUUUUGGACUAGCAGGCAGGGGGUUUACAGAGGGAGGGAGAGAAAUGAGUUAAGAAAGGGGGAAAUGUUUUGCAGUUGUGAACCAUAGUGUAAAUGUUUUUGUUGGUUUUAGUAGUGCAGUGUACCCUUAUCAUAAAGUGUGUUAUCGUUCCACCCUUAGAUUCCCACAUUAGGGUUGCUGCAUGAAACAUAAAUCUCCUCUCUCUGUUUUGUUCUGUGUUGUCGUGCUCCUUACUUUCCCAGGAUCCUUAGUGCGUAGUCUCUUCCCCUCUCCCUUGUUGUGCACAGGUAACCCUAGCGACCAGGACGAGAGCCGCGGAGGUGUUCUACGGCCAUACCCCGCGCGCGAGAACGCUCCGUCCUAUGGUCUGAACAACGUGGCCGCCACCACCUCGGACAGCGGGCAGCAGACACACGCCCAGCCCCAGGCCUCCCCAGAAGACCCCCUAGGACCCCUUCCAGACAACUGGGAGAUGGCCUACACCGAGAACGGAGAAGUCUACUUUAUAGAGUAUGUAUAAUAUACACAACAUGACCACAAGUAUGUGGACACCUGCUCAUUAAACAUCUCAUUCCAAAAUCAUGAGUUGGUCCCCCCUUUGCUGCUAUAACAGCCUCCACUCAUCUGGGAAGGCUUUCUACUAGAUGUUAGAACAUUGCUGCAGGGACUUGCUUCCAUUAAGCCACAAGAGCAUUAGUGAGGUCGGGCACUGAUGGUUGGCAAUUUGGCCUGGCUCGCAGUCGGCGUUCCAAUUCAUCCCAAAGGUGUUUGAUGGAGUUAAGGUCAGGGCUCUGUGCAGGCCAGUCAAGUUCUUCCACCCCGAUCUCGACAAACCAUUUCGAUAUGGACCUCGCUUUGUGCACAGGGGCAUUGUCAUGCUGAAACAGGAAAGGGCCUUCCCCAAACUGUUGCCACAAAGUUGGAAGCACAGAAUCGCCAAGAAUGUCAUUGUAUGCUGUAGCAUUACGAUUUCCCUUCACUGGAACUAAGGGGCCUAGCCCGAACCAUGAAAAACAGCCCCAGACCAUAAUUCCUCCUCCAACAAACCUUACAGUUGGCACUAUGCAUUUGGGCAGGUAGCGUUCUCCUGGCAUCCGCCAAACCCAGAUUCGUCCGUCAGACUGCCAGACUGAAGCGUGAUUCAUCACUCCAGAGAACAUGUUUCCACUGCCCCAGAGUCCAAUGGCUAGCUUUACACCACACCAGCUGAUGCUUGGCAUUGUGCAUAGUGAUCUUAGGCUUGUGUGUGGCUGCUCGGCCAUGGAAACCCAUUUCAUGACGCUCCUGACGAACAGUUCUCGUGCUGAAGUUUGCUUCCAGAGGCAGUUUGGAACUCAGUAGUGAGUGUUGCAACCGAGGACAGACGAUUUGUAUGCAUUACGCGCUUCAGCACUCUGCGGUCCUGUUCUGUGAGCUUGUGUGGCCUAACACUUCGUGGCUGAGCCGUUGUUGCUCCUAGAUGUUUCCACUUCACAGCACUUACAGUUGACUGGGCAGCUCUAGCAGGGCAGUAAUUUGAUGAACUGACUUGUUGGAAAGGUGGCAUUCUAUGAAGGCGCCACGUUGAAAGUCACUGAGCUCUUCAGUAAGGCCAUUCUACUGUAAAUGUUUGUCUAUGGAGAUUGCAUGGCUGUGUGCUCGAUUUUAUACACCUGUCAGCAAAGGGUGUGGCUGAAAUAGCCGAACCCACUAAUUUGAAGGUGUGUCCACAUACUUUUGUAUACAUAGUGCACCUUACACCCUACAUCCUACACCAAUAAUGGAGAGCGACUCCAGUCCACAUCAUCAAAUCAAUCAAAUCAAAUUGUAUUUAUCACGUGCCGAAUACAACUUUACAGUGAAAUGCUUGUUUACGAAUCAUUCCCAAUGAUGCAGAGUUUAAAAAAUAUGAUAAAACAUUAAAUAGUUACUUACACAAGAGGAAUAAAAUAAAAUACACAAGAAUGGAGCUAUAUACAGGGAGUACCAGUGCCAGAUCAAUGUGCAGCGGUACGAGGUACUUGAGGUAGAUAUCUCCAUGAAGGCUGGGUAACGUGACUAGGCAUCUGCAUAGCUAGAUAAUAAUACGAGUAAAAUAAAGAACAGAGUAGCAGCAGCAAAUGAUGAGUGUAAAAGCGUGUGUGUGAGUGUGUGUGUAUGUAUGUUUGUCUGUGUUGUGUGGGUAUGCGUGUGUAUGUUAUGUAUGUGUGCAUGUGUAUUGUUUGAAUGUGUGAGUGAUUUGUGUGUGAGUGAGUGUGUAUAUGGUGUGUAUAUAUAGUCUAGUGAGUGUGCAUAGGGUCAGUGCAAGAUAGAGUCAGUGCAGAUAUUUCGGGUACCAUUAAUUGACUAUUUAGCAGUCUGGCUAUUUAGCAGUCUAAUGGCUUGGGGGUAAAAACUGUCUCGGCGCCUGUUGGUCCGAGAGCCGAUGCUCCGGUACCGUUUGCCAGACGGUAGCAGAGUGAACAGUCUAUGGCUUGGGUGGCUGGAGUCUUUGGCUAUUUUUUGGCCAUUCCUCUGACACCGGGUGAUAUAUAGAGGUCCUGGAUGACAGGGAGCUCAGCCCCAGUGAUGUACUGGGCUUUUUGCACCACCCAUAGUGUACAUAUUCACCCUGUACACUAUGCCCUAUACCCUAUGUAAGUACCGUUACACUGAGAAUGAAGAGGUCUACUUCAUAGACUACAUACCCUAAAUACAGUGCCCUAUAUACUCCCUAUACUAUCAAGCCUCUCUGUCCUGUAUCCCACCACUAUCCCACCCUCCCUCCUCCCUUCCCUCAGACAGGCCUGUCAGUGCUCAUUGCUCUCCAGGCCAUUAAUCCUCUAUAGUCUGAUCUCUUUUGAAAUCACAGGCAGAUCAGAUCACUUGACCACCUCAAUGAAGCCCAGCCCUCUGUCCUCAGACCAACACACAGAGCUGGGUCUGCCUGCCUGCCUGCCUGUCUGCCUGUCUGCCUGCCUGCCUGCCUGCCUGCCUGUCUGUCUGUCUGUCUGUCUGUCUGUCUGUCUGUCUGUCUGUCUGUCUGUCUGUCUGUCUGUCUGUCUGUCUGUCUGUCUGUCUGUCUGUCUGUCUGUCUGUCUGUCUGUCUGUCUGUCUGUCUGUCUGUCUGUCUGUCUGUCUGUCUGUCUGUCGUCUGUCUGUCUGUCUGUCUGUCUGUCUGUCUGUCUGUCUGUCUGUCUGUCUGUCUGUCUGUGUCUGUCUGUCUGUCUGUCUGUCUGUCUGUCUGUCUGUCUGUCUGUCUGUCUGUCUGUCUGUCUGUCUGUCUGUCUGUCUGUCUGUCUGUCUGUCUGCCUGCCUGCCUGCCUGUCUGUCUGUCUGUCUGUCUGUCUGUCUGUCUGCCUGCCUGCCUGCCUGCCUGCCUGCCUGCCUGCCUGCCUGCCUGCCUGCCUGCCUGUCUGUCUGUCUGUCUGUCUGUCUGUCUGUCUGUCUGUCUGUCUGUCUGUCUGUCUGUCUGUCUGCCUGCCUGCCUGCCUGCCUGCCUGCCUGCCUGCCUGCCUGCCUGCCUGCCUGCCUGUCUGUCUGUCUGUCUGCCUGCCUGCCUGCCUGCCUGCCUGCCUGCCUGCCUGCCUGCCUGCCUGCCUGCCUGCCUGCCUGCCUGCCUGCCUGCCUGUCUGUCUGUCUGUCUGCCUGCCUGCCUGCCUGCCUGCCUGCCUGCCUGCCUGCCUGCCUGCCUGCCUGCCUGCCUGCCUGCCUGCCUGUCUGUCUGUCUGUCUGUCUGUCUGUCUGUCUGUCUGUCUGUCUGUCUGUCUGUCUGUCUGUCUGUCUGUCUGUCUGUCUGUCCGUCCGUCCGUCCGUCCGUCCGCCCGCCCGCCCGCCUGUCUGUCUGGCUGUCUGCCUGGCUGGCUGGCUGGCUGGCUGGCUGGCUGGCUGGCUGGCUGGGAGGGGAUGAGGAAAUAGCUGGGUGCAUUCAACACCUGCAUGUUGGUCUGCUUUUAUUAUUGGACUAGCAGAGUCACGAGGAUUGAAAGGAGAGCUUGUAGUGGUGAUGUUGAGGAUACAGCUAACUAUUCUAGACAAUAGGUCGACAAUGACUCCAACCCUCUUGUCUGUGUUUCUCAAUAGGGGAGAAGUCUGUUUGGUGUAGCGUUAAUCUCUGUUUGGUUUUACUAGUUUGUUGACAAGCCUAUUGACCUAAACCCUUUAUGUCCUUGUGCUGAUGAGAUCAUUGGGCCUUUGUUAGCUUUUAGUGCUCAUCACCUUGACUUCAGAGCCAGUCUUUAACAGCUCUGUGUGUUUGUUGUUUUCUCAGCCACAACACAAAGACCACAUCAUGGCUCGACCCUCGCUGUCUGGAGAAACCUCUGGAACCUCUGGAAGAGUGUGAGGAUGAUGGUAAGCCAAGCCGUGUGUGUGUGUGUGUGUGUGUGUGUGUGUGUGUGUGUGUGUGUGUGUGAGAGAGAGAGAGAGCGAGAGAGGAUGUGAGUGUGUUUGUGUGUGUGUCAUUCAUUUCUGUGCUCUAUUGUUUACCACUUAAUCUUGUACCUUGUUGAUAGUAUCAGUAGGUGGUGACACUGAGCUCAUAUAUAAAUAUGAUAAAGUCUGUUUCUAUACAGUGGUCCUGUCAUUACUAUGACAGUGUUUUGAUACCUUGAAAAAUGGAAAAAUUGUUAUUUUUUUUGAUUGGCUUUCCAUCUAAGGAAUUGUGUAAUAGUUCCUUUGAAUAUUUGUGUAAAUGUAACAUUUUCAAAUAAAUAUCUAUGCAACAAUGUCACAUUAAAUUUGUUUAGGAACAUACAAGUAAUGAUAUAGAUGUCUGUGUGUGAAAAUUCAGAAGAAAUACAUUAUUUUGACCAAUUCUUCGACCAAUAUCAGAAAUGGCACCACCAUGUGGCCGUUUAGCUAACUGUGUCAUGUUUUAGGUCCAUAUAUCAUUGAUUUAAUGGAUUACGGUGCAUCUAUUUUUCAGUAAAUACUCAUUGGUGACUUAAAGAUGUAUAUUUCUCUCCCUCCUUGUCUUUCUCUGUAAUAUUACUGUCUCUCCUUAUUUUCCUUUAUUUGUCAUUCCAUCAACCAAUCAAACCCCUUUCUUUUUCAUCCUGCUCUCUUCACAUUGGAGAAGAAGGGGUACAUACUGAGGAACCGGACAAUGAGCUAGGUAUGCACCUUUAUUUGCUCUCUCUCUCUCUCUCUCUCUCUCUCUCUCUCUCUCUCUCUCUCUCUCUCUCUCUCUCUCUCUCUCUCUCUCUCUCUCUCUCUCACUUUGUUUCUGUCAUUGCAUUGGCUAUCGGCUGUAUAUUGGUGAGGGUUAUGGUGAUUCUCAACCUUUUCUUUCUAUACUGUUAAUCAAUCAAUCAUAUUUGAUUUGAAAAGCAUUUUAUACAAAAUCUUGAUCUACAACUACUAAAUUAUUUCUUACCAUGUCACUCACCUAUUUGGAUGUGUCACGAUAAUUGUAUUAUUUGGCUCAUAUAUUGACUUAACAGGGUGGGCUGCUUGCUUCUAACUGCUGAGUGAGUGAUUUCCUUUUAUGCAGGAGAACACAGUAGGAAUAUGUUUGUAUUUGACGUCUCAGGUUGGUCUCCGUACUUAUUGGUUUGACGUCUCAGGUUGGUCUCCGUACUUAUUGGUUUGACGUCUCAGGUUGGUCUUCGUACUUAUUGGUUUGACGUCUCAGGUUGUUCUCCGUACUUAUUGGUUUGACAUCUCAGGUUGGUCUCCGUACUUAUUGGUUUGACAUCUCAGGUUGUUCUCUGUAUUUGUUGGUUUGACAUCUCAGGAUGGUCUCCGUACUUAUUGGUUUGACGUCUCAGGUCGGUCUCCGUACUUAGAGCUGCUCCACAGACUGGAAAAUUGCUCUGCUGAUUCACAGGCCACUUUGUAGACUAUUUGGCAGAAACAGAAAUGCUCCUGAAAGGGAACGCAAUCUCUGACUCUUUCAGGGCCCUGAGUGUCGGGCCUAUGAGCUCCUAUUAUUUCUGGCACAUCAGAAGCAGGCAGUCUGUGAUUAUUGAUUGUGAAAUCCAGCCAGCUCCAAAGUGUUUGUGGGAGUUAUCAGCAGCCCACGCUAACACACGGCGCUAAUGUCUUUGUAUGAAAUCAAAUACAGUGAGGAGGAAAAUGAGAUGCUAAGGCUUUAAUGAGAGUGUCAACUUAAUAGGCACUCUCUGUCAGACAAUUCCCUUUGAGCGCCGAUGCAGCCGAGUGUGUGCACGUGUACGAGCUUGUGUUUGUGUGUGUGCGCACGCUGGAGGAAGCAGUAUUUGAAAGGUAUAUACUGAAACAUGGUAACAUCUGCAGUGAACACAUAGCCAUAAACUGCAUGUAGAUGAACAGUUAUGUAAGGUAGAAUCACACAGAUACAUAAAGAUACAUAAAGAUGUUGGCUCUCUACAUUGUUGUAAAUGUCUUAUGACUGCCCUGAGUCAUGUAGACAGUUGGCCAAUGUGAUUUUUGUCUGAAUGUUCAGAGAACAUUGUACUGUCUAUUUCUAUGAAGAUGUCCAUUGAAAGCAGAUAUGCAAUUUGUUGACACCACAACACAGUACCGACUUGGAUGCACAUUGCACAUUAUCCCGAAUGCUAAUCAAUAAAAUAAUCUGUUAAAUCUGCUGCUCUGUUUUGCCUGUUUACAGCGGGUCAUUUCAUAGGGAACUGUCGGAGGCGCUCUUGUAUUCUCAAGUCACCAACAUUUGGAGAAUAAAGGCGCUAACAUGGCGACCGAUAUAAAACCUGGCCAAACUCUCUUAAUAUAUGGUUCUGGACUGGUCUAUAUACAGUACUGGCCUGCUGGCUAAGUUAACUUGUGGGAGGCGUGCAAUUGUGUACAUCUAUCAACUGUUUGUAGCAGUUGACAACGUAGAAAACAACCUGGUUCUGUUCUGAAGACAGAGAUAAAUAUGAGCGGGCUGGGUCUGAGUGUAUGAAUAGUGAAUUUAGUAGGAGGGAGCGGUCAAACUCUGCAGUCUAAUUUAGUUCAGAAACUCCCCUGACAGCUGGCUGUGUGUGUAGCCUGUGUGUGUGUCUCGCUCAGUGAGGUAGAGAGAGUAGUUUGACUCCAUAUUAAAUGUCUGCACCAUGGGCCACUGACUGUACUGAGAAAAAAAAUAACAAAUAGGAAUAAUAAUAAAGCGAAGAGUCAUGUCAGGUAAACAUAGAUUCACUUCAGAGUUGCUUUACACACCUGAGAGACCUUGAAUAAGGAAAACAGCACAGUGUCAUCCUCUAAAGUUCUUACUGAAGGAGAACACUACCUUAAUGAAUGUGUAAUUACAGUGAUCUAACAUUGCUGUUCCUUCUCUGUUUCAGAGCUGCCUGCAGGAUGGGAGAAGAUAGAUGACCCAGUGUAUGGGGUGUACUACGUAGAGUAAGUUGGAACACCUCAUUGACACCUCACGGUUCAUAGCGAUCUUUUUUCACAUUCCUCUCAUUAACCCCACAAUAAUUAAUAAGACGGAAUUCAUCAGCAUUUUCAUGUAGUUUACUGUAAACUGCGACAUUUCAGCUGAACUGGCAUUUUCUCUCCAUCUCUCUGUCAGACCUUUUUUACAUUCAGUGUACUAUAAUUGGUUUGAAGCAAAGUAGAUUUAGCUGAAACCAGACUCCAUUUUGUGUGGCCAGUGUGUAGUUUGUGUAGACCUAUGUGGUUGCCACAGAGCUGGUGGGAUUUACGAGGCUGUGAGCCAGAGGAUGUCAAACACUGUGUACUGCCAUUUAUCAUGGUGACAAUCAAUAUCCCACACUCAUCCUUUCCUGCCUGGUUCCCUGGGGAGGUAGGAGCAAAUUAGCAAUAUACACUCAAGAGAAAGGGAAGGCGAGGCGAGAGAGAGAAGAGAGAGGAGAGUAGGAGAGAGAGCAGAGAGAGAGAGCGAGAGCGAGAGAGAGAGAAGCGAGGAGAGAGAGAGAGAGGCAAGAGAGAGAGAGAGAUAUAUAGAUAUAGCGAGAGGGUAGAAAACAAACAUCGCUCUCCGCUAUCUCUCGAUCCUCUCUCUCUAUCUCUCUCUCUCUCUCCUCUCUCUCUCUCUCUCUCUCCCUCCGCUCUGUCUCUCUCACAUCAUCUCUCACAUCAUCAGUCACAUCAACAGGAAGACCCAGUAUGAGAACCCCAUAGUGGAGGCUAAGCGUAGGAAGCAGCUGGAGCAGCCGCAGCCUCCUGAAGGUGAGCGGUACAUUCGAGGUUCGUUUCCUGCCCUGGCACGGCACCAUUUCUUUCUUUCUUCAUGUCUGUCUCCGUCUCGUCUGUCUCUCGACAUGUCUUGUCUCAUGUCUUGUCCUGCAGGGUUGGGUUUGAUUCCAUUUGAAGUCAGUAAUUCCAGGAAGUUAAUUGAAAUCCCAGUUUAAGAAUUAAAAGUUAGUUCCUCAGAAUUAGAAUUUCGAUUCAUUCUCCUGGAUUUGAAAUGGAAUUGGCCCCAACCCUUGUGCUGUCCUGUUGGCGUUUGGGUUCUUAUUAGUUUGAUUAAAGAUCAUUAAAACAUCAUUUUUAUAUUCCUUUCAAGACAUGAGCCACUGUAGCGUCCGCUUAUUUGUCAUCAGAGGCUUAGAGCUGUGGAAGCUGCCGUCCAUGUGCAAACUGCUGCUGAUAUCAUGCUUGCUAAGUGUUAGGACCACUGAGACACAAUGUUAUGAUGAAAUGGCAUGUAAGGAUCAGAUGUAAUGUUAAAACAUAUUUUAAAUAAAUGUAUCUCUUAUUGCAUAAUGUACUGUGUUAGAAUAAAUGACUACUUGCCAGUUAUGAUGAAUAAUUAGUCUGUUAAGAGAUUUUGGGAUUUUGAGGAGUUUGGGUGUAUAUUGUGCAUGUGUUAACUGUGUAGAGCAGGAGUGUCAAACUAUUUUUGCCCCGGGGGCCACAUUCGGUCUUAAACGAGGUCUGGAGGGCUGCACCGAAAAUGUGUUAUAUUUCCUCGCCUUCAAAUGUGUAAAAAGUAGUCCUCUGUCUGUCUAGCUUUCAUUUCGGUGAUUAUUAGGAAGCUGGACAAAGUCAAGAAACUGUAUGAAUGUAUGUCUAUCAUUUCUACACAGUUUCUAUUUGGUUUUAGUCAUUUUAAAGUGUAUUGCGUUUGUCCCCCCCCCCCCCCCCCCCCCCCCCAGCCAGCGGGCGUAUGUUUGACACCCCUGGUGUAGAGCAAGUUUGAGUGAGCAAAUGCAUGAUGUGACGCUUAUGUCUGUGUACCUAUGUUUGUAUUUUAUCGAUUGUGUACGUUUGUGUGUGUCAGUGUAUGUGUGUGUAUUUGUGUGUGUGCUUGCGUGCAUCCGUGUGUUUGCGCCUGUGCAUGCGUGUGUGUUCUUGCAUACACCCGUGUGUGUGUGUUUGUGUGUGUGAUUUCACAGUCCCUCUGUGUCUCUCGCUGUACAGAGUGGAUAGAGGAGCACUCAUCAGCUGGUGCUCCCCUGGCCAUCUAUCCCAGUAACCACCUAGAGACGUACCGUGACCCCCAGGUCCCGCCCCCACUGCCCCCUGCCCCGGGAGGGACCAAACGUGAGUGGGGUUGCACUUUCUAGACAACACACACACACGCACAAACACACACACACACACUUUCAAUACCAGGGUCUUUUGCACCACAGACAUCUAACUCAAAUACACCCACAAUGUACAGUUUCAGUGAUACACAUGCAUGACCAGAGACAGACAGACAUAAACACAGACAGGGGACCCUUGGGAUCAAGGGUUUCAAGGGAUCAAACUCUUCAGGAAACAAUUACCAUAUAAGGUUUUUAACAUGUCUAUCAGCCCACAUGUACCAUAAUGAACGUUCUGUGUAUGUUAACUAGCUAUGACCAACACACCAUGGAUAUUAAGCAUUCUCUACUAGCAUUCACUGACUAUUGUCACUGAUUAAACAAAUGGUGAGCAAUUGAUUAUACAAUGGUGAGCAAUUGAUUAUAUUAUAUGGAUGCUUGGGUUGAUGGACAGAAAGACAGACAUAGAUAGGUAGACAAGUGAAAUGACAGACAGGCAGCUAAUUUAACUGACACGGACAGACAUAGAAAUAUGUUCCAAAUAACGUUAUUUGCCCUGUGUUCUGUAGGAGGGAAGCCGUUCUUCACGCGGAACCCAGCGGAGCUGAACGGAAUCUUCAUAAACACCAAACUGAAGAAGAGCCGCCGCGGGUUCGGCUUUACCGUCGUCGGGGGCGACGAGCCGGAUGAGUUCCUACAGAUCAAGAGUCUCGUCCUGGAUGGUCCUGCUGCUGUGGAUGGGAAGAUGGAGACAGGUGCAGUACACUGUCUUAGCCCACAGAGGGCACUGUUUUACACCAUUUAUACAGAAAGCAUUUGCCCAAUUGCUAAGGAGGUUGAAGUGAUUGUGUAAGCUAAAGACUAUACAUAUUGGAGACAUAUGGUAAUAUACUUGCACCUCACAUAGUACAUUCACUGUGUUACUUACUGUUCUACUAACUGUAUUACUAACUGUCCUGUCCGUCUCCCUGUCUCUAUCCUCUAGGUGAUGUCAUAGUGAGUGUGAAUGACAUCAUCGUGCUUGGCUACACCCAUGCCCAGGUGGUAAAGAUCUUCCAGUCCAUCCCAAUCGGCUCCAUGGUGGACCUGGCCCUGUGCCGUGGCUACCCCCUGCCCUUUGACCCCGACGACCCCAACACCAGCCUGGUGACCUCCGUGGCCAUCCUGGACAAGGAGCCCAUCAUCGUCAACGGCCAGCAGAGCUACGACUCCCCGUCCAGCCACGGCAGCCAGACCGGAGGCCCCGUUAACGGGAUAAGGGAGCCGCGGGCUCUCAGCCCCUCGGCGGAGGUGACGUCCAACGGCUCUCACGGUUACUCCUCCAGCGAUGUGGUCACCCUGGCGUCGUCCAUCGCUGGGCAGCCCGAGCUGAUCACGGUGCACAUGGAGAAGGGCGAUAAGGGCUUUGGGUUCACCAUCGCUGACAGCCUGACGGGUGGGGGUCAGAGGGUGAAGCAGAUUGUGGACUACCCCCGCUGCAGGGGCCUGAAGGAGUCAGACAUUCUGAUGGAGGUGAACAAGAGGAACGUCCAGAACAUGAGUCACAACCAGGUGGUGGACCUGCUCAGCAAGUGUCCCAGAGGGAGCGAGGUCACCAUGCUGGUGCAGAGAGGUACGUAGUCCACUGAUCAGGAUCAGGAGGGAGGGAGAGGAGGAAGGAAGGACUGAGGAAUUGGAUUGAGGGGUGUCUGGUCAUAAUGCUGGUACAUGCUCAACCCAGGAGGAGGAUAUGAGAAGGGGAAGGAGGGAAUGGGAGAGGAGGAUGGAUGGAGCAAUAGAGGUGUGUCUGCAGAUAAAGGCACUUCCACUGGCAAACAGCAUGCAUAG